ACAUCUGACACCAACAACCAAAACAAUGGAUGACCGAUUGUCAAUUAUUUUGCAACAGAAAAUUAGGUUAGGUUUGGAUAUUUUUUGCCAUAAAAACAAUGAAUAGAAUCCUUGACUUUUUCAGGUGAUAGACCUCCAUGCACAGUAUUAAUAAAAGAUGGCUGAAUAUUGUGAUAUCGAUUGGAACGGUUACCGUUCCACUUCCAGUGAUGAAAUACCCUACAUGAAAUCACCACCAAAAAAUUUAACCGAUGACGAGGCGAUAGCAGAACUUAAAAAGACUAUAAAGAGGAAAAAAGAGAAUGGAACAGGAACAUUAGAUUUGAAAAACCCGGACGACAAAUUUCUGCUACGGUUUCUCCGAGCGCGGAAAAUGGACAUUGAUGAGACAUACAAAUUGUUGACGAACUAUUACAGCUACAGACAAAGGAAUAGGGAGUUCUUUCAGACGCUCAGUGCCAGUGAUACUUUGGUGCAGCAGGCUCUUUUCGAUGGAUUUCCUGGGGUUUUAGAGAACAGAGACAGGAAAGGCAGGUGUGUCCUAGUGUUCCUAUGCUACAACUGGGACCACUGCAACUACUCGCUGGAGACCAUCUACAAGGCGCUCCUCCUGACAAUGGAGUCACUGUUGCAAGAGGCUGAAAACCAGUUGAAUGGUUUCGUGUUCGUGGUCGACUGGACUGACUUUUCGUUCCGGCAGUCGAGCAGCCUCGGUCCGCGCACCCUGCGUCUCAUGUUCGAGGGACUGCAGGACGCGUUCCCUGCGCGCAUCAAGGGGGUGCACUUUAUCAACCAGCCCUGGUAUGUGGAGGCGGUGCUGGCUAUCAUCAAGCCGUUCAUCAAGGAGAAAACUAAGCAGAAGAUAUAUCUUCAUGGUACGAAUCUCAGCACUCUUCAUGAAAACGUUAGCAAGGAUGUAUUGCCUCCGGAGCUGGGUGGAGAGGGACCUUCGUUCAAUUCAAUGAUAUGGGCUGAGAAAAUGCUCAGGGAGAGUACACCACCAGGCACCCAAGACACUCCGAUGUAAAGAUUACAAAAACCUGGAAGUAUUGCCAAUUCAACCUGAUCUACACCCAAUCUCAUCAGAACAGUAUUCAUAAUGUAAGAAAUAGUACAGUAGAACUGCAUCAUCUUUUUACGCGGGUUUCUUUAAAGCUGCGUUUACAUUGUUCAAGUUUACUUGAACUUGAGUUUUUUGAGGUUUGAAUUGAAUGGGCCAUUGUGAAAACUUUAUGUCAAGUUUACUUGAAUUAGGCUAUUCUUUUUACACGGGUUUCUUUAAAGCUGCGUUUACAUUGUUCAAGUUUACUUGAAUUCAAGUUUUUUGAAGUUUGAAUUGAAUGGGCGAUUUUGAAAACUUUAGGUCAAGUUUAUUUGAAUUCAGUUUCAGUUCUCAUAACCUCAAAAGUAUAUGAUUAUGAAGUUAAAAAUCUGAUUAAUCUCAAAGUUUUCUUCUUCAUAUCAUACUUUCUUCGGCAUCAUACUUUUUAAUUGAGUUGUUUUUAUACAUUCUACAUUGACUGGCAACUGUUCCAUCUCAUUUCCCCAUUUGUGGAACCUUGGAUUGUACAUAUCCGAGUUGAAUUUUAACAUGUUCAACAUUCACUUGAAUCAACAUAACUUGAAGAAGGUCUACAUUGGUAGAGUGGACUCAAGUUUCUGUUCGUGUGCAUUUGACUUUAAGUUUGCAAAAUUCAUCUAUUUUACACAGACGUCAAGAAAACUUGAAUUUAAGGAAACUUGACUAAUGUAUACGCUUCUUAAGGCUUGAAUAGACGGAAAAUAUUGUUGUAAAUAAAUAGUACCUGCUUAUAACAUCAGGCCGCAGUAUCUAUGACGUGUUAACUGCAGUUUUGUAGCCUGAUAUUAUAAGUGGAUAGAUUCAAUUAUAGAGAAUGACACAGAAUAACGGGAACUUUUAAGAACGCCAUAAAACAUUAGUGGGAAGGGCAAAAAUGAUUUGAUUCAAACUAAUGUAAAGUUCAAGACUUGCCAUUUGAGAAUUAUAAAUAACAUUUAUCACCUUUUGACAAUUAGUUCUUCAAGAUGGCUUCCUCCUGAACGAAUACACUCUUGAAAUCUGUGUUGAGAUUCCUGAACGAUUGCUGCAACAUUUCAGCUGGGAUAUUGUUAAUUUCAUUUUAAAUUGUCUGUUAUUAUUCAACCACAGUUAUUGGUCAAAACGUUUGAUUUGAGAUAGCUCCACAAACAGAAAAUCGCAGGUGGACAGAUCAUGGGACGAGGAAACGCAGAUGUUGCAGCGAUCAAUGAGGAAUCGUCAACACCGAUUUCAAGAGUGUAUUCGUUCAGGAGGAAGCCAUCUUGAAGAAGUAAUUGUCAAAAAGUGAUAGAUGUUAUUAAUAAUUCUCAAAUGGUAAGUCUUGAACUUUACAUAAGUUUGAAUAAAAUACAUUUUUGCCGUUCCACUAAUGUUUAAUGGCGUUUUUAAAAGUUCCCGUUAUUCUGUGUCACUCUGUAUAAGAUAACUAGUACCCUUGGAAUAUUUAUUCAAAUUAUUAACGACAAUUAUGUAAUUCUCAAGUGUUCUUUAUUCAAAUAUAAAUUUAUUUACCCUUGAAAUACUAACACUUGAGAGUGACAUAAAUGUUGAAACUAAUCGUGAAUAAUUUUCAAGAAAAAUAUUUCUUUCAGAGGUACCAGUUUUUUUCUAUAAUUGGACAAUUGAGUAGCCCUGUUAAAAUACUUUCAGGGUACUAUACUGUACAAUAAUAUUAAGAUAGGCGCACACAGAUAGUUAUCGGACGGACGGAACGCAUCGGACGAUUAAAUUCAAAUUCAAAUUAAAUUUUAUUAAGCCAAAACACUUUACAACUGGCCAUGUCAACAGGUAUUGAAAAAUACAUGAAAUAAAUAAAUAGAAUAACAGAAGCUUACAAAAAUAUUGCACGUCACAUUCUCCUACACUUUAAAUACAAAAAAUAACUGUAAUUUUACAGUUGAACAAAUUAUAACACCCUAUCAUUUAAAAACUCUUCAACACUAUAAUAUGCCUUGUCAACCAGAAAUGCAUACAAAUCUCUCUUAAAAUUAGGCCCACUUGACUUUGACAAAUUUUUAGGCAGCUUGCUGAAUUUGAUGCAUUGUUUUCAAUUGGAGUGCGCAUACCUAUCCGCAUCGUAUAGGUAUGCGCACUCCAAAAUUGAAAACAAUGCAUCAAAUCUAAUCGUCCGAUGCGUGCCGUCCGUCCGAUGACGAUCUGUGUGCACCUACCUUUACACGUCCAUGGGGCUGCUUUGGGAAACCCUCUCUAGUAUUCAUGAAUGAAAGACAUUAUUUUCUCAGUAUUAUGUACUUAGAGUAUACGAUUUUUACUUUCUAAAGUAAAGUUCAUUCAUUCAUUCAUUCAGACCAAGCAAGUGCCUUCUGAGUCAAAAUUCAGUUGCUGCACUUCUAACAUAGUUUCCUUAGUAUUUUAUUCUUUUUUGUAGUCCAUCAAGGUUAUGUCACCCUUUUUUAACAAUAAUUUCAACAUAUUCAUCAACUGACAGGGAAUAUUUCUGUAUUUUAAAUAUUCAUUUUCAAUCAGUUGACCUAGAUGUAGAAAAAGUAUAACUCAGAGCUUGUUCACAUGACAUCUAUUCACGUUCGGUUGUCGCUUGAUUGGCAAAUCGCUCGAUUUGCCAGCCUCGUACACAUGACAGCGAUUCAUGAGCGGUUUGCGCUCGGUUAUGAUAAAUAAUUACUAGGUACAACAUCUAUGUACUCAAUCUUAAUAUCUUAAUCUAUGUACUUACUCUUAAACAUAUCGAAACCGCUCGGUUGACUAAAGAAAUGUGUACGCUCUCAUGCCUGCUCUAGUAUAUCGAGCCGCCCGGCAACCAAGCGACAACCGAGCGGUUGGACUGGAGACUACAACCGCCGCGAUUCGCCGGCGACUACUAAAACCGAGCGAUGCAUGUGUACGGCACCAUGUGUUUCCCACCUGGCAAUCGCUCGGUCUGUCAACCGCGCGACAACCGCGCUAAAUCGCUGUCAUGUGAACAGGCUCUUAGGCUCAACUCACACUUUCGCGACUCAGGUCGAGAAGAGACUCGACUCUAGUUGAGAGCAUGUGUUUUCAAAUGGUGACAGUCGCGGAGACUAGAAUAGACUGGUCUAAGGCCGGUUGCAGACGAACCACUAUCGCAGGUGGGGUGUGGGACCGACAUACCACAGAACAAUACGACUAACGCAGAGAGACUUUCACACUACAUUCGAGAAAACGCGCAUUAGUGCAACAGUUUUCAGAUGUUUUUAUGAUACUCGGGUGUUUUCAUCAGAUGUUUUUAUCAUACAGCUGUUUUCAAAGUCACAGCGACUGCGAUUGUGGCACAGAAGCUGGGGGAAGCGUAGUGCUCAAACCAGUGGUACGACAAUCGCAAGGAAAAUAAUCGCAUACUACAGCGCGCAACGCCAUGUGGAAGUAUUAGUGCCACUGCCAUGCCUCAUAUGUAUUACAAUAUCGGGGACCGAGCUUCGCUCUGGAGUACAAAAACAUAAAAAAUGUAUUACGAAAGAAGAAAUUAUAUUAACAUUCAUACAGAAAUGUUCUAUCUAAU